AUGCUACCGUCCCCGUUUGAAAGACUUUCACUUAGGUGCUUCUCGUCUCUUCAAGGAAACCUAAAAAGAGUCAAUACUUGCACUCUCCGUCUCCAGAUACCCACUGAAGAUCUUCCCGAAACAGAGCCCUCAAAUCAAGAAACCUCCAGUAGCUCUGACUCCGAUUCAAGAAACGACCUUGACUCGCAGUCUCCUGAUCAUUCUUCACAAGGUGCUUCUUCACAGAUUACCGAUUCAGAUGUAGAAAAAGCGAUCAAGCAUUUUGUCACCAGAAAGCCAUCCAAUUACAAAGCAAAAGCCAAUCCAAGUUCCUCCAGAGAUGCCUUGGGUUCAUCUGAGCUUAUAAAUCCUCAUAAAUAUGACUCUUUGGCCCAAAUACUUACCGCAAAUUCAAGCGCUACCAUACUUCCUCUGGAUUUCAUUGUUCAGAAUGAUGCCACUCCUUAUGACCAGCUACUCCGUGCUCAGGGUGAAGAUUUGCAACAUCCAAAGAACCAUGCUAGACUUUCUGUCACCAAGAUUCUUCCCUUCAAUUGGUGCGAGCUUAAAUCCAUGUUCAACGUCUACAGUGGAGUUUUCCAAAAGACAGCUACCAAACCAAUGCUCAGAGGUAAGGUGGAGCAUUCUACUUACGAACAUGCUACUCAUCCGGCUGAAAAGUAUUCCAUCAAUGUCAAUGGUAUUACUAAACAUAUUAAUAUAGAAAAGACUCGUAGCUUCAUGAAGGACACGGAAUUACCCGUCCAACCAAUCAAAGAGUACGAUUUGCAAGGCCUGUACGCCAUGCUGAGUGAACUUCCGGUGGAACCAGUUCUCAGAGAAUUGGCAAGUAACUGGACAAGCACCAUACUUCGACUAUUAACAUUGUUCCAGUUUGGUGAAUGUAGGGAAGUUUUGGUUCAAGGAUUGUACAAUAAAGCCGAACAAGCUUUAUUGCAGACAGACGAGCAGCUAUCGUCCACCUCAUCGUCCGAUUAUAUCAUCAUCAGUGGAGUUAUUGAUCACCUUGUCCUUGAAAGUGGCUCUGCAGAAGGUGCUUUCGAUGGUUACCAGGAAGAGCUUCGCGAUUCCAUCCCUGACUUCCUCGAUAUAUCCGAACUUAUCAAUCAGAUUCAGUUGAAAGCAGAUCGAUGGUGUGAUCAAUCCGACUCUCUGCUCUAUAUCACCGUCAAGGACUUGAAGACAAGAAGAACGCGCUCCUUGCCCCAUCCUCUGCAACAGCAGAGUGCCAAAUACCAAGUCGGAAUGUAUAGAAAGUUCCUCGAAAUACUGUCCAUCGACCCAAAACUUACUUAUCAAAUGCUUUUAAUCAAUGCAAGAAAAAGAGGUAUCGAUCCUUACUCUGUGCUUCCUGAACCUUUGGUCAUAGAGCUCGUUCUCGGUAAUUAUUACCUGAUCAAAGACUUCGACAGACUUAAGCACGGUAAACCAAUAGGUUUCGCUCCUUAUGACAAUGAUAGUCAUAUCAAGGGAAACUUCAAUAUAUCAUCUGCAGGAAAAUACACCAUCGGAAACAAUCUCUCAGGUGAUUGGACUAAUCCUCCAACAUUGGCCUAUUUAGCGGCAAGACUGGCGCAGCUUCAUCAUUCUAUAAACCCAUUUCUCUCUAGCCAGAAUUUCAUAGAAUAUUCCUGCCAAGGAAAAGUAUUCCGUCAGAUCAAGGAUAUCUAUCAUGAAGAGGAUAUUGAUUCGGCAAUUAGACAUGGGAUGGAUCUAUGGCUGGGACACAGAGAACCAGAAACGCCUUUCAUUAAAUCCAUUUGCAAAAACUGCGAGUUCAGAAAACAAUGCGAAUGGCAUCUUCGUCAAGAGGGUGCAAUCAACAAUAUAUAA